GGCGGUCAGGUGGCAGUUUGUUGCCCGACAAAUACUAACAUAUGAUCUAACGAUCUCAUUGAUCCUCAUUGGGAAGAACUUGGAGUACGAUGUGCCUGUCUGAGUAAACGAUGAGAUUGUAUUACCUCUGUGAGAAGAAGUAAUGCCUGCCAACCAAGACUCUGGGCAAAUAAAAACCCUAUUAGAAUCCACAACCCGCCAUUGGCAGUGUGGCGGAACAACACGAUUCAUCUUGGCCACGUUUUACCUUAUACUUAGAGACUUUGUGACUUGUGUUUGCCUUUGAAUAUAAAACAAAUAAAUAAAUAGGAGACAGGAUUACGUAUAAAACUAAUAGUGAAUGUAAUAAAAGUGUUGCGUUGCUUUAACCUGCAGGGUUUAUAAUCUCGGCGUCAACAGCGACGGCGGCUGUCGUGGAUUCCGGAGCCGGUGCGGUCGCAACGUCCCACACUCAACAUGUCCGCCGGGGAGGUCCACAUUAGCUCAGUAGGAAUGCGGUAGGCGGGGCUGCUGCGCUGGUGUCAAACUUUGGGAAUGACAGGAGUGCUGCAGGAUUCGCGAAGAAGGGGAAGUGUCGCCCUCGCUGGUCCCGUUUGGAUUACUUUGACUUCUUUUUACGGACAAGUCUUUGGGUUCGCCACCUCGCCGCAGGUAGCACGGCCCCAGCGCAUUCCUCAGCCAUGUCGGAGGACCCGAGCUGCCAACCCUGGUCCAUCAACAAAGAUGACUACGAGCUGCACGAGGUGAUUGGGAGUGGCGCCACAGCGGUGGUCCAAGCGGCCUACUGUUUACCGCGCAAAGAAAAGGUGGCCAUCAAACGAAUCAACCUCGAGAAGUGCCAGACCAGUAUGGACGAGCUCCUGAAAGAGAUCCAGGCCAUGAGCCAGUGUCACCACCCCAACAUCGUGUCUUACUACACCUCGUUUGUGGUGAAGGAUGAACUGUGGCUGGUCAUGAAGCUGCUCAGUGGUGGCUCCGGGUUGGACGUGAUCAAGCAUAUCAUGUCGCGAGGCGAACACAGGUCAGGCGUCCUGGACGAGGCCUGCAUAGCCACCGUGUUGAAAGAUGUUCUCGAGGGCCUGGAGUACCUACACAAGAACGGACAGAUCCACAGAGAUCUCAAGGCUGGAAACAUUCUCCUUGGGGCAGAUGGUUCAGUACAAAUUGCAGACUUCGGUGUCAGUGCCUUUCUAGCCACAGGUGGUGACAUUACUCGAAAUAAAGUGCGCAAGACGUUUGUGGGAACGCCAUGCUGGAUGGCCCCAGAGGUCAUGGAGCAGGUGAAGGGUUAUGAUUUCAAAGCAGAUAUUUGGAGUUUUGGGAUCACAGCCAUUGAGCUCGCCACAGGAGCUGCACCUUAUCAUAAAUACCCGCCAAUGAAGGUCCUGAUGCUGACGCUGCAGAACGACCCUCCAACCCUGGAGACCGGCAUCACAGACAAGGAGAUGGUGAAGAAGUAUGGGAAGUCCUUCAGGAAGAUGAUCUCCCUGUGUCUACAGAAGGAGCCAGAAAAAAGGCCAACGUCCUCAGAGUUGUUGAAGCAUAAAUUCUUUCAGAAAGCAAAGAACCACGAUUAUUUACAUGAGAAGUUAGUGCAGAGGGCGCCCACAAUAACAGAGAGGUCAAAAAGGGUUCGCCGAGUGCCAGGCUCCAGCGGGCGGCUGCAUAAAACGGAGGAUGGCGAGUGGGAAUGGAGCGACGACGAGCUGGACGAAGAAAGCGAGGAGGGCAGAGCUGCUGUCGCUGCCUUGCGGUCGCCAAGAGUGAAGGAGGGAUCGCAGAAUUCAGAGGUUUUCCAGACUCCCGAGCCCUCAAGUAAUCAACUCCAGCCGACGGCCGCUGGUCAGGCAGAACUACCUCAGGCUGCAGGCGCGGUUCCACUGCAGCCCACACCAGUCAACACUCAACCCGCUGCCCAGGCUGCAUCUCCCACACCAGGCGUCCCCGCUGCUGCCGCCACCGCUGCUCCCCCACAGGCUCCAGCAGCUUCAGCAGAUGUUAAGGCUCCCAUUAGUUUGGUAUUGAGGUUAAGAAAUUCAAAGAAGGAGCUAAACGACAUCCGCUUUGAAUUCAUGCCAGGGAGAGACACAGCAGAUGGUGUGUCCCAGGAGCUGGUGUCAGCAGGCCUGGUGGACGGGAGGGACUUAGUAAUAGUUGCUGCGAAUUUGCAGAAAAUAGUCGAUGAGCCUCAAUCCAAUAAGAACGUCACUUUCAAACUGGCUUCUGGGAUUGAGGGAUCCGAAAUACCCGAUGACGUCAAACUGAUGGGCUUUGCUCAGCUCAGCAUUAGUUAAACUGUCGUUCUACCUGGAACCAUGACUUGCCUAAAAAAUGUGAAAAUUAAAAAAAAAAAACUAGUUAAAUGCAUUUUUUUUUCCUUUCUAUGGCUGUAAAGAAACCACUACUGCCAAAGAAAACAGUACCGUUUUAUCACCCAUAGGAUUAUACAAUGCUGACUCAUUGAAUUCGAUGGUCGGCCGAAGUGUCAGAGCAAACAGAAUGAGAAUAACUCAAAGAAAGAAAAAAAAAACGUUUACAGUGUAUACAUAGAAGGAUGCAAGUACCCACAACAGUUUUCAUUUCCCACCUGGGUCUCCCUCAUGGUUAUUUUCUCUCUUUAAUAUGUGACGCAUUUGCACAAACUGAACUAACACCCUUAAAUCUUGAGAAGUGUAACAAUGCCUUAAAAUAUCCAUCAGAACUACUGAAUGCACGCUUUCGGGGAGGUUCCCAUUUACCGUAUGGAGCAUUGUGUUGUCUGAAAUGUAAACAUGUGGUUCCAGGUGCAGAUGUCAAACUUUUUACUCUUUUUGGGAGGGGGGGGGUUGAAUCUGCAGCUUACCAAAAGCAAAUUUGAGUUAAACAUUUUGUAUGCAAUAUGAAAUGUGCUGAUGUGUACAAUUUGGCACAGAUUUAAUGCCAAAUCACUUUUUCCAGAAAGAAAGAUGUGAGUACCACCAACAGUAAGUUAAAGGAUAACUUUUAUUCUUACUGUCAACAAAUAGUUAGACUUCCCUAAUGUGACCUUUGGCUCCAAGUCCAUUCGUUUGGGAUUUACAUUUUAAAUAGCUUCAUUAAUAAUAAUGAUAAGAAAAAUAACGAUACUAAUUUUCUGUAAGCGAUUUUAAACCAAUACACACUUUGCAAAAAAAUCUGCAAAUAUUUCCUCACGGUCCGCCAGCUGUCGGCUCUGUGUGUGCGUAUUUCCCCCUGUUAAAUUAGUAAAUUUAUCUUUUUUGCCGUUGCAUAGCGAUCAUCAGACCUCAGAAUUGCUGUGGAACGAAUUUGAAAAAGCCUGCUUUUUUUUUAUUGGCUUCUUGUGAAUAUGAAUAUUCAAUGAAAAUUGUCAAGUAAAAAUGUUUGACAGCAUCUGAAACCAUGAGCGAACGAUCAGAGGUGCCUGUGUGCAUAAAUUUCUGUUUGGAAUCAGUUUCUCAAAUUCUUAAAAACAAAAGAAUACAAAAAAUAAAGACUCUAGUGCAUAUUUGUUGAUGUGGAUGAAGAAUAUGUACUGGAUUGAACCUCAAGUCUGUAAAUAAUGACAUUUGGCAUUGAUUUGUUUUUUUUAUACUGGCUGUUUCACUCUUGGCCUUGUUUUCUGUCCUGUGACACAAUUUGUGAGUUUAAGCGCCGCAUGAAGGAAGACAAACGACAAUGCUGCAAAUUUGGCUUUGACUUACCUCAUUUUUGCAGGACAAAGAAAACGAUCACUCACUGUAUGUCAUGUAUGGCAUUUAUUUACCUUUUAUUCAUUCGAGGGGAAGAACAAAAAAAUUUCAGCUUUUCAAGUUUUGUCUUUGGAAAGUUAGAAUUUAUUUUGCUGUGGAGCCACAGUUGUCCGCUUCAUACUGGUCCACCCUAACAUUUUUUUCCCAAAUUUUCCAAAAGUGGAGUCUGUUUACAGUAGCUAUUUCAACCCACAUCUCAAGCGAUAAAAUUGCUUCAACACUUGUGAAGCAUUUUUUAUAUAUAUACAUAUAUAUAUGUAUGUAUAUAUAUACAUAUAAUUAAGAAUUUACAUCCUCCGGCUUUGAAAAGCUCACCUAUGAUUGUAAACUUGAACGAUCCAAAAUGUAACCUUGAUUCAGAUGAAGGAGCACAGACGCUACGUCCUUUCAGCCACUAUCAGGAUGUCUGUUUUGUGCAUCAAUGACAUGGUUUGAUGAUGAAUGUGGGUUCUACCCACCGAUGGCAGUGGCAGGCUCGUGUAAAUCUCUGCUCUGUUGUCUCGGAUAUGAAAUGCCAGCAAGGUUUUACUGUUUAAUCUGUUGAUGUGAGAAUACCGUUACCCUCCAGAUGUCAAAUUGAAUGACAUUUUUUUGUUGCUUGCAGAUAAAAUGUUAAGAGGAAAUCUUUGAAUUUUGACUUUUAACAAUGUAAAAAAUUUACGCCAGCCUUAAAUUGAAAAUGACCACGUGUAUUUUUUUUUUCCUUUUGUCGACACAACGUGAAGGUUUUGAUUCAGAUUUUCCCGGUGUCUUUGAAAUGUAGUUCUUGUUACACAUGGAGAUUCGUGAAAUAAAGAUUCACGGGUGUGUCGACCCCGUCGUCUCCUUGCGCGCGCCGGGGGGGGGGGGGACAAAGUCGACGACCCCCGAUCUUUAUUCUUUAAGUUUCUAAAACUGUGCAGUAUUCAGUGCCAUUCUCCUGGUCCAGUCUGUAGCUGACGGCAGACGAGGACAGGACACGUGUGUGUGAGCCCUGAGAGGAGUGUGUGAGUGUGCGUGUUGUACAUCUAAUGGCUCCGUUCUCAUCCUUUCUCUCCAACAGUCUCUACUGUCCUGCUUUACAUGUAGUGUGUCAAAAACUGGAGCUAGUGAACAGAUGAUCGACAAAAACAAACCAACAAAAAACAACCUCUCCAGGCAAUAACUCAUCAAGGCUGUAAACCACAUGAAUUCCCCAUCUCUUUUCAGUUUUUCCAUUCUUUACUUUGCUCUAUUUUUGAUCGUUUUGGAGUUCAAAGCAUGUUUCUCUUGAUUAUUUUCAAUCAAUAAAGAAUGAGCAUAUCA